AAGGGUUAUUUUAAAAGAUUGAAUUAGAAACAUAUAUUUUUAUUUUCCAUGUACUAACUGUGACAUGUAUCAUAGACGAUUAUAUUCUCUGGCAGCCUUCGGAGUCGGCCAAAUUUCACAGGUUGUUUUCGUUUGCCCCAAUCUUGAAAGUCUCCAAACUCCCCUUUAAGGGUGCGGGUCUAGGUGAUUUAAGCCAAUGAUAUGACUCGGUAUUCUGCAGGAAAAAACUGUGACAUGCGAGGCAGUGGGUCUUUAAAGGGCUGCUCUGCCCCAACUCGCAAGCCCAAUCUCAUAGGACUUGUUAGCGUAUCACGUGCCAGAUUCUUAAUGAAGUGGACACACGAGGGUCUCGUGUGCGCAUGCGCUUGGUGUAAAAUGUAGUUGGAAAUGAGGUGUCCGUCUUGGAGUAGUCGACUUUUAAAAAGCAUCGGCAGCCCCUGAUAUGACGACUUCGCUGGUUCUGCAUCCACGCUGGGCGGACACCUUGAUGUACGUUUAUGAAAAAAGCCCGAAUGAAAACAACCAGAAUAAAAGCCAAACAAUGGAGGGACUGAGCGGUAAUUGCCCUGCGACCCACUGCAGGGACCUGAUGUCGCACCCCGCGCUGGGACGACAUUCUGGCACCAUAGCGACCCACCAGGGCUCCGUCUACUCGGAUAUUUCCUCUCCAGACACCGGCCGGCAGUGCCCCGCUCCCCAGACAUCAUCCAGCGCAUCUUUGAGCUACGGUUACCCUUUUGGAAACCCGUAUUACGGCUGUAGAUUAUCUCAUUCGCACAACGUGAACUUGCAGCAGAAGCCCUGCUCGUACCAUCCCGCAGAAAAAUACGCCGAGCCCAGCACAGCCCUGCCCACGGAAGAACUGUCUACCAGGGCGAAAGAGUUUGCCUUCUACCCGAGUUUCGCCAGCUCGUAUCAGGCUGUUCCCGGAUAUCUCGACGUGUCCGUGGUGCCCAGUAUCAGUGCCCAUCCUGAACCGCGACACGACGCCUUGAUCCCUAUGGAGGGCUACCAGCACUGGGCUCUCUCCAAUGGCUGGGAUGGGCAGGUGUACUGCUCCAAGGAGCAAACGCAGUCGACUCAUCUUUGGAAAUCACCUUUCCCAGAUGUUGUGCCACUGCAGCCUGAGGUCAGCAGCUACCGUCGUGGGCGUAAAAAGCGGGUCCCUUACACCAAGAUCCAGCUGAAGGAGCUGGAGAAAGAAUAUGCAGCCAGCAAAUUCAUCACCAAAGACAAGAGGAGGCGCAUCUCGGCCGCCACCAACCUCUCAGAGCGUCAAGUCACCAUCUGGUUCCAAAACCGACGAGUCAAGGAGAAGAAAUUUGUCAGUAAAUCCAAGAACAAUCACAUGCACACCACUUGAUAAGAUCAGCGACCUCCUUCAAACUUGCAACUCAUACCCUCCAAAAAACAUCACGCCAUAUAUUUACCUCUUGCAUCGAAAAUCGUGGCUGAAGAACAUUUUGGCUGAGUGUUUUUCUUUUUUUUUUUUUUUUUAAUUUAACUUCCAUCAUCUCCAUCGACCAUGCCACCACGCCCCCCUGUUUUCAAGUUAGAGAUGAUGCUCUAAAAACUGUGAAAAUAUUGAAAAUUCACUUCACAUUUGUUUUAUAUGAAUGUACAUAUAUAAAUAUAUAAUAUUUAAAACGAUAUCUGUAUUUCAAAGACAAGUAUUGCGUGUUUUUCAUUUUCUUUUUUUUUUUUUUCAAGCCAAAUCUCAAAAGGACUGAUGACAUUUCUAAGACUUGCAACUGGCCGAUCAAAACAAGAGGAGACUGUUCGUUUGGUGUCCUUUUAGAAAAAUAAUCGCCAUAUGGACAAGAAUCGUUAUGGCAUAGUGACACGUUGAACUUGAGACUUUAACAGCUUCAACAAAAAAAGCUCACAGAGGACUUUCGGGAGAAAGAAAGAUUUUUUUUUUUUUUUAAUUCCUUCUGAAUUUCAAAAGCUAUGUUCCUCUUGUGUGGGGUUUGUUCUCUUAAGCCUGGGGUAAAACAAAGGCUGCUAUGUUGUUAAUCUGUAUAGUGCAAUGCCUUUAUUAUUUAAUUCAUAUUAUCUAGUAUGGCAGAACUGUAAACUGGAAAUAUCCCAAGACCUGUAUGUUUUCCUUUAUCAGUGAAGGAUUCUGUCAUGCAACUGGAAUGAUUGUAAACCAUUAAAAGUCAGUGAGUAUUACACAUAAAUGCACAAUCGUUUUAUUUUUUAUUUUUUUUGUCUUUGUUAGUGUAGCAUUGGAGCUGAUCACACGCCUUGUACGAAGCCUGUAAUUUCUACUUUCGUGCAGUAUGUGAACUGUAUUGUGCUGUUGAAUUACGUACUGGUAACGUGUUUUCAUAAAUAAAUGAUGAUUAUGAAAAUGCUCAAA